CGAUAAGAUUCCCGUCUUUUUCUUUAUGAGUUUUGUUUGUUUUCAGUAAAAUAUGUCAGUUUGGCGACGUCGCGCCUUUAUUUGAUGUAUGCCAGUUGUCUACCGUUCUUAAAAAAAUAAACAGUUUAUAAAAUAUUGACAUAAUGAGGGUUUGUUGAUAUGUAAAUAUACUGCUAUACUUUUUUUGUUUUAUUUCAAUAGAUAUUGUAAAAGAUUAACUAGACAAGUUUAAAAAUAACGUUGUUCUUGGUAUGAACUACAAGAUGACCUAGAGAUGAUCGAAGGUUUUUUACUGGAAUAAGUGAGUUGCGUAUAAAUUAGUUCAAUCAAGUUUGAACCUUCGAAGUAAACCGCUAAAACACCUUCAGUUUUGUAUUUGAAUCAUUUGGAUUCAGAUCAAUCUGUACUCAGAAUGGAAGCCAAUAAUGCAAAUAACGCGUGUGACAAUGAUAACGAUGCUAUGGAAACUCAAGGAAGUCGUUUAUUAUUACGAUGUGCUAGUCAAAACUCCUUGGAUGAGAGUUCCCAAAAACAUGUUUCAAGAAUUGGAACUAAAACACGACCACCUUACAGAAAUAAUUACCAUACUCAGAAAGCUUUUGAAGUGAUGAAUGAAAUGAGAAUCCAAAAUCUUCUUUGUGAUGUUACCUUAGUGGCCGAUUCAGUAGAAAUACCUGCCCAUAAAAUGAUUUUGGCUUCCUGUUCCCCAUAUUUCUAUGCAAUGUUCAACAGUUUUGAAGAGAGCAAACAAGACAGGAUAACACUCAAAGAAGUGGAUCAUCAAGCUCUUGUUUUGCUCAUCGAAUAUGCAUACACUUCAGAAGUUUUAGUCACCGAAGAAAAUGUUCAAGCCUUAUUGCCAGCAGCCAAUUUGUUACAACUUAUGGAUGUAAGGGAUGCUUGCUGUGAUUUUUUACAAGCACAGUUGCAUCCGACAAAUUGUUUGGGGAUCAGGGCCUUCGCAGAUAUCCAUGGUUGUUUAGACCUAUUGGCAAACUCUGAGUUGUAUAUUGAACAACAUUUUCCGGAAGUUGUGGAAUGUGAGGAGUUUUUGAGUUUGACACAUCAACAAGUUUCGAAGUUGAUAAGUAGUGAUAGACUGACAGUUCCUUCUGAAGAAAAGGUUUUUGAAUGUGUUAUAGGAUGGGUACAACAUGAUCUGGACAACCGUCGUAAGCAUUUAGCUUCAUUAAUGGAACAUGUUAGACUUCCUCUUCUGUCACAAGACUAUUUGGUACAAAGAGUAGAAGAAGAACCUCUUUUGAAAGUAGACCUUCAGUGUAAAGAUUACCUUAUAGAAGCACUAAAAUAUCAUCUUCUCAAAGGAGAUGGUAAAACUAAUUUCAGAACACCAAGAACUAAACCUAGACAACCUGUUGGACUGCCCAAAGUACUCUUGGUGGUUGGAGGUCAAGCACCUAAAGCCAUCCGAAGUGUCGAAUGCUUCGAUUUCAAAGAAGAAAGAUGGUAUCAAGUUGCUGAAAUGCCUACCAGGAGAUGUCGAGCAGGACUUGCAGUGUUAAACGGCAAAGUAUAUGCAGUAGGCGGAUUCAACGGAUCGCUUAGGGUAAGAACUGUUGAUGUUUAUGAUCCAGUCUUAGACCAAUGGACCAGCUGUGCUAACAUGGAAGCCAGACGAUCCACCUUGGGAGUUGCAGUUCUGAAUGAUCUUAUAUAUGCAGUUGGAGGUUUCGAUGGUUCAGCCGGACUGAACACAGCUGAGGUCUUCGAUACGAAAAAGCAGUCUUGGAAAAUGAUCAGUCCGAUGUCGACGAGAAGGAGCAGCGUAGGUGUUGGUGUUCUCAACAAUCUGCUGUAUGCCGUUGGAGGUUAUGAUGGAGCUUCACGUCAGUGCCUGUGCUCUGUGGAAUGCUAUAAUCCUGAAACUGACACUUGGGUGUGCGUACCAGAUAUGUUGUACAGAAGGAGUGGAGCAGGAGUUGGAGUGUUAGACGGUAUACUUUACGCUGUAGGCGGCCAUGAUGGGCCUCUUGUCAGGAAAUCCGUAGAAGCCUACGACUCGGACAAAGAAACUUGGACACCUGUUGCAGACAUGGCUCUUUGCAGAAGGAAUGCGGGAGUUGUAGCUAUGAACGGACUUCUCUAUGUUGUUGGAGGUGACGAUGGUUGUUGCAAUUUGUCUUCGGUUGAAGUGUACAAUCCGGAAAAAGGUACUUGGACCAUGUUGCCAAGCUGUAUGGGUAUAGGACGCAGUUAUGCUGGAGUGGCUAUCAUCGAUAAAUCCAUAUGAAGGUCACUUGUUGCUGAUGACAGGAGCGUUAGUGCAUGUUCUACGAUGGCAAGGUACGCAAACUAUGAAGAAAACAGUAAUGCAGAAGGUGCUGUAGGUUAUGAUAACCCCCAGGUACUCCUAGAGAACGAUUAUGAACCCUUGCCUAACGAUCCUGACACCAGCAACGCAGAAAAUAUUUACGAAACGAUAGAAGACGUACGCCAACAAAUGCCACAAGUUCCCGAACAACCCAUUUAUAAUCCGAUCUCAGAAGUUGCCAGCUGUAGUACCUAUGGACGAAUUGGAAACGCCUACGGCCGUAUUGACAUCUUAGGUCACGGCAUAGGAAGAAUCGAGCGCCAUCUAUCGUCGUCUUGUGGUAGUAUUGAUAGUAACCAUUAUUAUGCUCUGGAGGGUUUUCAACCGCCUAGAGACGCUACUGGCAGGAUCAGUAAAGUUUCUAUUCAGUGGUUGCUAGCGAACAAAUGGCUACCAUUGUGGAUUGCAAAUACAGACACUGGCAGAGAUUAUCGGAUAAUAGACUUUCUUCUGGCUCAAGGUGAAAAUGAAGAAAUUCAUGAGGGCGUUGAAAAUGAUGCUCAAGAUGAUGGCGACAAUUUGACUCCGCCCCAAGGUGGAGCUGGAAACAGUCCGCCCCCUCCUCCUCCUCCACCUGCCCCUAAUGGUGGCAACAUGCCAAAUCACACCAAUCAGCAAUGAAAAUAUUACUACGGCCAUUUUUAGCUGCUGAUGGAUGAACACGAAUUAUCAACUAUUAAAAUGUUUUUAAAUGCCAAAUAAGGGAUAUUUAACGUCUUCAAUUGAAGACAAAUUACCACAACUAGGAAGAAUAUUUAUUGGUUAGAAUUUAUAAAGAAAAUUAAUGAUCUAUCAAGACGUUCUUAUAGAUUUUUAUAUUUUUUAAGAUGGAUUGUUGAUCAAUUCUUUGGAUUGUUAGAAUGGAUAGAAACUACGAAUUUCUUGGAAUUUUGUGAUAUUUUAUUGAGGAACAAAUACAAUAAUUUUAACUUUUUGUGAUGAAGUACUAUAGUGAUUAUCAUUUUUGUUCGGAUAUACCAGUGAAGAUCUCAAUUUAAAAUUUUUUAUUCAAUCUCGAAUUUUUCUGUAAUUACAAAGCAACGAUUUUAGUUUUAGAGAACUUUCUCACUACUGGGUUAGAUAGUUUACAGAUGGGAGUAGUUAUUAAAGUUUAAGAUAGAAAACUCUGCUUUUGUAUAUAAAUUAUGCUUUGAAAAUGUGAUUAGAUGAUUUUAAGUUGAAAACAGUUUUGAUGUACAUUGGAUAAAAAUAUAAAAUUUAUGGAUGUUU